AAACCCACCGAAGCUCCGGAAAGGAAAAUCAGAGAUCUAAUUUUCUUCGUAGAUCUGAAACUUUUUAACUCAGAUCUACACCUGAAUUUUUUCCGUUUCGCUCAUGGCGAUCUCUCGCUCCUUUUUGCUUUUUCUUUUGAUCUCUCUUUUGUUUCUUUUGGUUUUUCUGAGAUCCGUUUCACGGAGAUCCGAUCCGAUGACCGCGCCAUUAUCCCCUUCGAUGAGUUUGGAUUCACCCACAGCGGCCUCCUCAAACUCAACGUCUCUCAGAUCGCUCUCUCGAACCCCGACCCGGACCUUGACUUUUCCAAAGUCGGAUUCUUCCUCUGCACACCUGACGCAUGGAUGCACGUGCUCCAACAACUCGAAGACCGGGAGGUCACAUGCGUUCUCAAUUCCGAUCUCGUCAAGGUCGUCUUCAACUUCAAGUCUUUAAACGGGAAAUCCAACUUCGACACCGUUUACAAAGAAAGCGACGCCGAUCAGUACACUCUCGUCUUCGCUAACUGCCUUAGUCAAGUCAAAGUAUCGAUGAACGUCCGAUCAGCGAUGUACAAUCUCGACGGCAAGAAAAACACCCGGGAUUAUCUCUCUGCUGGCAGAACAAUUCUUCCUAGGGUUUACUUCCUUUUGUCCCUAAUUUAUUUCACUCUCGCAGGGGUUUGGAUUUACGUGCUUUACAAAAAACGACUCACUGUUUUUAGAAUCCAUUUCUUUAUGCUGGCCGUGGUUAUCUUAAAAGCUUUUAAUCUGGUAUGCGAAGCAGAGGAUAAGUCUUAUAUUAAACGAACCGGAACUGCUCAUGGUUGGGAUGUUUUGUUUUACAUUUUCAGCUUCUUGAAAGGAAUCACGCUUUUUACGCUGAUUGUUUUGAUUGGUACCGGGUGGUCGUUUUUGAAACCUUACUUGCAGGACAAGGAAAAGAAGGUUUUGAUGAUUGUCAUUCCACUUCAGGUUGUUGCUAAUAUUGCCCAGGUUGUUAUUGAUGAGACUGGACCUUUCGCUCAGGAUUGGAUCGCGUGGAAGCAAGUGUUUUUGCUUGUUGAUGUUGUUUGUUGUUGCGCGGUGUUGUUUCCGAUUGUUUGGUCCAUUAAGAACUUGCGUGAGGCGGCUAGGACAGAUGGGAAAGCUGCAGUGAAUUUGAUGAAGUUGACUCUGUUUAGGCAGUAUUACAUUGUGGUGAUCUGUUAUAUUUACUUUACGCGUGUUGUGGUUUAUGCUUUGGAGACUAUUACUUCAUACAAGUACCUUUGGACCAGUGUGGUGGCUGGGGAGUUGGCCACACUCGCGUUUUAUGUGUUUACAGGGUAUAAAUUCAAGCCAGAGGCACAUAACCCGUAUUUUGUGAUUGAUGAUGAGGAGGAAGAGGCUGCAGCAGAGCAGUUGAAACUUGAAGAUGAGUUUGAAUUGUGAUAACUUUCAUUGAGGAAAAAAAUGGAAACUGAUUGAAGAAAUUGAUGCAGGGAACCAAACUGGGACAGUUGAGGUAGAAACCUGAUCUUUAAACUUGGUACCAAUGUUAAGAAAAAAGUGUGAUAAUUCUUGCUUGUUUUUACUUGUUAUGCUUUUUUUAUAUACUGUGCCGUUUCUUUUUUGAAGUUGAUAGGAUAAUUUUAAAAUUUGAUGCUUCUCUGUGAAUUUGAUAGCUUGUGUAAUUACAUGUCCAAAAUUCAUGCCUUA